AUGACCCCCUCGUCAUCGUGCUACUUUCACCCUCGAAAUGGAUCCUGUAUCAAUCCCUGCGCUCUGUCUGACCUGCACAAAGGUCCUUCUCAGCCUCUACCAAUACCUCGCCACAUCGAAGACCUAACCACUGAGCUUAGCAUCUUCAACUUUGUUCUUACACGACUCAAAGACCUGAUUGAGAGUCGACAAGAAAGUCAUCAAGAGCUCUUGCGGAAAUGGGUCGAUGAAUCGAAGGUUGUGUUUAAUGGGUGCCGGGACACACUUGGAAAAAUCGAGGCGCUGGUUGUAAAGUCUAAGAUCAAGACCAAGGACUAUUCAAUCAAGGGACAGGUGACUAAGUGUGUUAAGUGGCAGUGGAAGAAAGAAGAUGUUUUGGAGUUGAGAGUGGCGUUGGAGAGAUAUAAAGCGAGCAUUAAUUUGAUGUUGCAGAGUCUCAGCAGUGAACAGCUUGAUAAUGUAGCCGAGAUCAUGGAGAAGCUACAUCAGAAUAUUCUUCAGCUGCGGGAGAAUCGAAAGUUUGCCAAGGAGAUCCUUGAGGUCAUGAAGGAGGGCCAUCCGAACUUCGAGCAUCCAGAUGUCAAUAUCUCCUACAACGUGCCAGUGACGACCCGAACAGCUGCGACUCAGACUUCGAAAAUCCAGGAUGCCGGCAGUACCGUAAGCGGGAAAGUUGCUGACCGGAAAGAUCUUCCUACCUUUCGACUGUUUCAGAAAGAUCUGCAUUCCACCAUCGCUGCAAAGCGUUGGAAAGUGGCGGCUGUGAGCUUUGAUGGCGAGCCGGUUUCCUCGAAGAAUUUACCGAGACUCUUGAUUCAAGAUUGCGAGCUGGGACUGGUCAUCCGAGAAGGCAGGAUUGCAUGCAUCCAAAUAUUCGAUAUUCCGGAGGCAUUUAAACAGACCCUCAGACAAUAUGAGAGGGAGCGUGCCAAUCUCAGCAAGUUAACGCAGCCGGAUUAUCCCACUUGUCUGAGAACGUACUCGUCAGGAACGCUAUUUGUCGACUUUACCUUUGCCAAAGUGGAAGGUCGUGAGGGAUGGACGGUACACGUUGAUUCUGCAAGCCCACAGAGAGGGACUUGGAAACUUCGACCUGAUGGUGUCGUUGUGAAUUUUCGGUUUAAAGCCGCCGCCGAUGCGGAGAGCUUCUUUAAUCUCUUGGGGAAAGUAAAGGCUGAGGUUGAGCAUUCAUGGAACAUACACGUCAGAUCGUUUGUGAACGUUGAUAACAAAUACGAUGGGAACGCAGUCGACAUAACGAUAGCCGCGGCGAAUGAGGAGUACAAAUGGGGAAAUUAUGUGAGGCUGUAUCGCGAUUCGAGUCUUGGCUCCUUACUUUACGUAGGGGCCCGAGCAGUAGGACUGCGCUGA